AAAAAAUUUCUUUGAGCCGUGCAAAGUGGGUUACCGGGAGAAAGUUUCGGUUUUCAGAUAAACCGAGUCGAUCGCGAACCGACCGCAACAGUUUCAGACAGUCGCGUUCCGUCCUCGCGUUGUUCGAAAGGGCUUUUCCGCGAGUUUCCCUUCGAAGUUUUCAGAUUCAGUGAGGUAAAACGUAGACGCCAAAAUUACGACUAAAAUGGGACAAGGAGGUCAUCAAGCUGCCGAGGAGUAUGUUUGCACCCUGCCCGCUGAAGAGAGAAAGAAAGCCCUGGAGGAGUUAAGGGAGGAUGACAAUAUUCGGGAGCAGAGUUUGGCUCAGAUGAGGGAGUGGAUCAGUAAACAUCCGAAUAUUAAGAAGUGUAGAACAGACGCUCCAUUUUUACUGCGAUUUUUACGCACGAAAAAAUUCAGCGUGCCUCAGGCCUGCGAGAUGCUCGAACGUUAUUUGACCAUAAGGCAACUCUACCCUCAAUGGUUCAGGAACCUCGAUCCUUUGGACAAAGAUUUGGCGGAGAUCAUCGAUGCCGGUUACCUCGUGCCCCUAUUGGACAAAGAAAAUGGAACGUUGGUUUUAUUCAGCUGUGCGGGCAAAUUCGAUCCUCACAAAUACACCUCGGCCCACAUGGUCAGAGUUCACAGUUUAGUAACCGAGUCCCUUAUGGACGACGAACUGAAUCAAAUCAACGGCUACACGUACAUUAACGACGAAAGUGGCUUCCAGAUGGCGCACAUCUCCCUAUGGAGUCUCACCGACGUCAGGAAUAUCCUCAGGUGCAUCCAGAACACGACACCUAUGAGACAUAAGGCGAACCAUUUCCUGAACAUCAGUCCUAGCGCUAUUAAGCUGAUCGAGUUUGCUGUUUCGUUGCUGAACGAGAAGCUGAAGAGUAGGAUUUUUAUGUACAAAUCGGUGGAUGAACUACACGCAAAAAUUGACAAAAAAAUUCUCCCUAAAGAAUACGGGGGCGAAGUCCCACUCGCAGAAUUGGUGGAAAAGUUCAAAAUACACCUAAAAGCAAAACGGGAUGAUAUUCUGGCUUUGGACGACAUGUACAUCGAAAUAGACGAGAAAACGUGUCCGCUAGUAUCGGAAAUGAACGAGGAACUGGGAAUCGGGAUCGAUGGCACCUUUAAGCGAUUGACCGUCGAUUAAGCGGGUUUAUUAUUAUUUAUUAAUUUUUUUCAUGACAGUUUUUAUACCAAAAGCGCAAUACAGUUGUGAUGAUCCUCCCUUUGUUUUUAAACUAUUUUUAUAAUCUACUUUAUGUGAUAAGAUAUAUUUGUUUAAUUAAUUAGGUGAUGCCUGGUGGAAUUCAGUUACCAAUUCUGUUGUUUCUUAGGCCAACCAGUUUGGCUUAGGUAUAAUGUUUUUGUUUGUAUCCUUUUUUGUUAGUAUACUUAGAUAAAGAAAGAAAUAACGUGUUUGUUUUUAAA